AUGAUAUCUAGAACAGUAGGUGAGUCGAUUCCACCCAACACGAAGCACGCCGUAUCGGUGUGUUUACCGACAUGGGAAGCCACAGUGGGCUAUGAAGAAGGUGAGAGCGACAUCAUAAACUCGCUUACUACCGGCUACCCAAGAUUCUUCGUUCACAAGUCAAUCAAGAAACUGUGCGAAGUUUUGUGUGCUAAGUAUUCUAUGGAAAAUGAGACUUGCCUUUGUUUCCCGUCUUAUAAGAUUGCUAAUAGGUGCAGAGAGUUCAUUAAAGUGAAAACAGGUCUUUCAACAAAAGUACGCAUCUUACAGCUGUGCACACCUAAGCCCAUGAACCAAGAGGAGAAACUUUGGAGGAGGGAAUGCAAGAUUACGGUGGUAUUUGUGGACCAGGAGAUCUUUCCGGUAAUGAAACAGUACUGGCAGCAUACUGGUGAAAUUGUAUCCAGUAGAAUGGCCGAAUACAUCCUACACGAGUUGGAAGUCAAGGAAAACUUGAAGAGUACGGGCACAGCUAGCAAUAUUAGAAAAUACGCGGCUGAAGAUGAAAGCAGAGUAAACGAAGAAUACGUUGAAACGAGAUUUGGUAGAAAUUUGAAUUUCCUGGCAGCUGAUAAAGCUAAGUUUCUAAUAAGGAAAAGAAUCGCUACAAAAGUUGUUGAAAAACUAGAUUCAGAAAGCGUGUCGGACUUGUUCUCAUUUGAACAUUAUAACGAAGGCAACGGUCCCUUCAAUGCCGGGAGUGGAGAGCCGUUCGGCGAAAGCCAAUUGAACUCUGACGUUCCUGCUGAAACAUUCAACUCCACGGGAGAGAGCAGUACAAGCAGUACUUUUGAAGACAUAUCUAGGGACGACUUAAACUAUCACGUCAAUCCGAACACGGAUGUUUACUUGUUCCCUAGUGGGAUGGCGUCCAUUUUCACUGCCCACAGGCUGCUGUUGAACCUUGAUGCUAACCGCUUAUCAAGAUCCUCUAAUAGGCAGGACAAGCUGAUUGGGUAUGGCCCCCCCUUCAAAAAGACGGUUAUGUUUGGAUUCCCAUACACAGAUACGUUGAGUAUUCUUCGAAAAUUCAAUCACACGCACUUCUUGGGACAGGGUGAUUCGACAUCAAUGGACGCUUUGAAAAAGAUUUUACAUUCUGGCGAACAAAUACUGGCAGUGUUUAUUGAGGCGCCAUCAAACCCGCUAUUGAAAAUGGGAGAUUUACAAGAACUGAAAAGACUCUCGGAUCUAUAUUCGUUUUAUAUAGUGGUCGAUGAAACUGUUGGCGGGUUUGUCAAUAUCGACGUAUUGCCCUUUGCUGACAUUGUUUGUAGUUCUUUGACCAAGAUCUUCAGUGGUGAUUCGAAUGUUAUUGCAGGAUCCUUAGUGCUGAACCCUAGGGGCAAGAUUUAUGAAUUUGCUAGAAAGUUUAUGAAAACUGAAGACGGAUACGAAGAUUGUCUAUGGUGUGAAGAUGCCUUAUGUUUGGAAAGAAAUUCAAGAGAUUUUGUAGAACGGACAAUCAAAGUCAAUACGAACACUGAUGUAUUGUUAACGAAGGUAUUGCUACCACAAGUGGGAAAGUUGUUCAAGAAAAUCUACUACCCUAGUUUAACAUCAGAGGAAACCAAGAAGAAUUAUGACAACGUUAUGUCUACAAAAGAUGGUGGUUAUGGUGGCUUGUUUUCAUUGACUUUUUUCAAUAUGGAGGAGGCAAAAAAGUUUUUCAACAAUCUGGAACUAUGUAAAGGACCGUCUUUGGGUACGAACUUUACGUUGGCAUGCCCGUAUGCCAUUAUAGCACAUUACCAGGAAUUGGACGAAAUAGCCCAAUAUGGAGUUGAAAAAAAUCUCGUAAGAGUCAGUGUAGGCUUAGAAAAUAGCGAUGUUUUAUGUAAGGUCUUUCAGCAAGCUAUUGAUAAAGCUUUGGAAGAAUGA